ACACGUACACCCCACAGGCACAUCACACCGCAGCACACAUACAUCGCACACCGCACACCCACGGUGCACGAUGGGAUCUGGUGCGAGCAAAGACCUGUCGGAGACGUCCAAGGCUCGCGUGAAGCAGUCGCGCACGCGUGCAGGGGCGGCCGGCGCAGGGCACUCGGAUUACUUCCACGACAUUUGCAUGAUUGUGUUCCAGAAUGCAGAUGCAGACAACAACGGCGUCCUGGACGUGGACGAGUUUGAGUCCGUCCUCUCCAGCGACACGCUCAAGCUCAACCUGAGCAAAGACGAGAUGGAGCAGAUUCGCCGCAGUGCAGACCAGGACGGUGAUGGCAAGAUCUCCUACGAGGAGUUCAUCCCCGUCUUCAAGGAGGUCCUCACAGUCAUCUACCAAGAGAAGGAAGAAGACUGGAACGACUGGUGCCAGCUGCGUGACCCACGUGACGGCAACGUGUACUACCUGAACAAGCGGACCGGCGCAACGCAGGUGGAACGACCACACAACUUCCACGAGGAGCGCGUGGAGAUCCGCUCGUUUGAGUACGUCACGCUGGACGACGGCUCCGAGGUGACCACCUACGUCGAUGACAACGGGCAGCGCAUGUACAUGGACUGGGACCGGCAGGAGUGGAUGCCGUUCCCGGACGAGUGGUACCCGCAGCAGCCGGAGACGGAGCAGGCCCUUGACGAGACAGACGCGCGCGUGGGCCAAUACAACCACCCGACGCGCGGCGUGCUCACCACAUAUCUGUUUGAGAACGAGCGCAACACGCGGCUGUACUACGACGAGGACAUGGGCCAGUGGGCGCGCAUGCCGCUGCAGUGGGAGUGCGACAUCCCCGAGGUGCGCGCCAUGCUGCACGACAUCAGCGAGAGCCUCCCGCACUGGACCAACGUCAACGAGCAGCUGCUGGCGCUGCGCGAGUGCAACUACAACCUCCCCGACGCCAUUGCCUUUGGCGAAAUCAACUUCCCUGCGCAGGGCGGCAAGGGCGGCAACAGCAAGCAGGGCGGGGCGCUGACGCUGGCGGCGGUCGAGCGGAUUGCCGAGCUUGAGCGGCAGGUGGCAGAGAAGGACCAGCAGCUGAACAAGCUGCUGGAGGACAAGCAGCAUCAAGAGUCGUCGGCGAAGCGCGAGCUCGUCAGGGAGAAGACGCGCGUCGAGGGCGAGAUGAUGCGCAGGGAACGCUUCGCCGCAGACGCAGAGGAGCGCAUUGAGAAGCUGAUGAACACGAACAACGAGCUGCGGGACAAGGUGCGAGAGCUUGAGUCGCAGCUUGUGACACAGCAGGCAGACGCUGACCGCCUUGCCCAGCUUGAGGACCAGGUUGCCUCCCUCGGCGGCGACGAAACAGGGGCGAAGAAGAAGGCAAAGGAGCUUGCGAACCAGCUUGAGCAGAUGCGCAUGGAGAAUGUUGCGCUGAAGCUGAAGGUGCAGGAGUACAAGGACAAGGCGACGGACGGCGCGGCGCGGGCAGACGUGCUGCGAGACUUGCAGCGGCAGGUGGCCAACCUCAAGCGCGAGCAGCGCCAGACACAGGAGGAGCUGCAAGGCAACAUCGACACGCUGGUGCCCAUGUUCAGCACGGCCAUCACGCAUGCGCGCGGGCUGCUCACCAACGUGCACGCGCAGCUGGACGAGGUGACGGCCAAGUAUCUCAAGGAGCAGAUGCAGCGCAAGCUGCUGUACAACAAGGUGCAGGAGCUGCGCGGCAACAUCCGCGUGUUCUGCCGUGUGCGGCGCGAUGACCGUGGCGAUUGCGUGUUCCGGUUUGCCUCGGACACGGAGAUGGAGGUGAAGACGCUGCAAGGCAAGACGGCGCUGGUUGAGUUUGAGCGGUGCUUUGGUCCUUCCUCCACGCAGGAGCAGGUCUUUGCCGACACCAAGCCCAUCAUCCUCUCCUGCGUGGACGGGUACAAUGUCUGCAUCAUCGCAUACGGCCAGACUGGCUCUGGCAAGACGUACACAAUGAUGGGACCGCCCAACAACCCCGGUGUGAACCGUCGCGCCAUUCAAGAGCUGUUCACACUCAUGGGCGAGCGCAAGGAGACGGAGUACAAGGUGCAGGUGUCCAUCAUGGAGGUGUACAACGAGAAGAUCUUCGAUCUGCUUACUGCCGAGCGCAAGAAGGACCUCAAGCUGCACUCGGGCCCCAACGGCACAUAUGUUGGCGGGCUGGUUGAGAUUAACGCGACGUGUGAGGAGGACGUGCUCAAGGCAAUUGAGACGGCCGAGCAGCACCGCUCUGUGGGCGCCACGCUCAUGAACACAGACUCGUCGCGGUCCCACCUCCUGCUGCAGCUCACGGUCACCGCAUACAACACCAUCUCAAAGGCCACGACGGUGGGCAAGCUGACGCUGGUUGAUCUUGCCGGGUCUGAGCGCGUGUCCAAGACGGAGGCGAGCGGCGAGCGGUUGGUGGAGGCCGCAGCCAUCAACAAGUCCCUGUCUGCACUGGGCCAGGUGUUUAAGUCGCUGGCCACCAACUCCCCGCAUGUGCCAUACCGCAACUCGAAGUUGACGCACGCGCUGCAGGACUCGCUUGGCGGUGACUCGAAGACGGCCGUAUUUGUCAACGUCAGCCCCUUGGCGACCAACCUCUCCGAAACACACAUGACCAUCAAGUUUGGCCAGGGCAUCCGCAAGAUUGAGCUUGGGCCCGCCACCAAGCACAAGAAACCCGGGCCUCCACGCCCGCGCAAGUAGCGCCCCUUGUUGUUGAGGGUUGUAUGUGUGUGUGUGUGUGUGUGUGUGUGUGUGUGUU